CCUUGGGGUUCUACAAACUCUUGGCUUCAAAAGUAAUGUAGACUUCAGCGUGCCUGUCCAUUUUCUUCCUUGGAUGAGGUGCUGGGAGGGUCGGCGAAACAGACACUAAAACAGCUGCCCGAGUGCCCGAGCGGGCAGCCAACCACCGAUGGGCUGAACGCCGAAGCUUGUGACGGCAUCAGAUAAAGCCGUCGAAGAACCUCGGUGGUAUUGAAAACUUCAUCUCAUCAUUGCAUUCACGUUCUAGAAUACACACUAUUCGCAUAUCUCAACUUCACAACUACUAAGAAUCGCCGCAAACAUGUCGAACCAGCAGGGAGCAAAGAUCACCGUUCAUUGGUUGAACAAAUCCCGUGGCCAGCGCGUGGUAUGGCUGCUCGAAGAGCUUGGCCUUGAGUACGACAUCGCCGUGCACAAGCGCGAUGAGAACAAGCGCGCGGGUCCUGAGCUAAAGGCCAUCCAUCCGUUGGGAAAGUCACCAUGUGUUACCAUCAGGCCCGCAAACUCCGAAAAGGAUAUCGUCAUUGCGGAGAGUGAGACAAUUAUGGAGUACAUCUGCGACCAUUUUGGCAAGGACUUGGUUCCCAAGCGGUACCCUGAGGGACAGGACGGCGUGCUUGGCGCUGAGACUGAGGAGUGGAUGAGAUACAAGUUCCUGAUGGACUACACUGAAGGUAGUCUCUUCACCGUCCUGAUCCUGGCGCUAGUCACCGGAAACAUAAAAAAUGCCCCCGUACCCUUCUUCCUCAAGCCCAUCACCAACGGCGUCGCCGGUAAGAUCGACUCUGGCUUCGUCGACCCAGAGCUGAAGACGCACUUCGACUUCCUCGAGGACUACCUCGUCAAAUCUCCCAGCAAGGGCGAGUUCUUCUGCAGCGACAAGCUCACAGCUGCCGAUAUCAUGAUCCAUUUCGGACUUGAGGGUGCCACGCAGCGGCUGCCGUUGAGCGAGACGAGCUACCCCAAGUUGUACGAGUACAUGAGGAGGCUGCAGAAGAGGGAUGCGUAUAAGAGUGCUGCGAAGAGGGUGGAGGAGGCGAGUGGAGAGAAAUACGUUCCGUUUAGUGACACGAAGUUGUAGAUGAGAAUCUGGUCUCAAGAUGUAUAUACUGCUUUGCAGGUCGAAUAUAUGGAGUAGCGCGUGGAGGAUACACAAUAGCAUGGGUUCAGAAGGUGACGGUCCAUCAUGAAGCCAGGAUGUAUUCGCACUGUCUGGUGAUGGGUAGGAAACUCACUUUGUGGACAGUUGCUGACUUCAAGCGUUGCCAGCCAUGUAGCCUCUACUACGUUCUCAGUCGAGAGAUAACUCAGA